UCUACUUCAAGUCAGAGAACUGGACUUGCUAGAUUCAACCACAUUUCUUCAGGAUGCCAAUUUGGAGGCCUCAAUUAAAGAAGGGAUCUCCAUCUCUCAGAACUCUGCUCUUUCUUUUACUACUCCUCUUCAUUGCUGCCUUCAUAUCUUCCUUAUGGAUUGACACUUCUAUAUUUUCGGCGGCCGGAAAAACAAACAACACGAUGAUAAUCUCUCUGGAGAACACAACACUCCAUCAAAAAUCAGUUGAAUUCCCACUUAAAUGCAGUAUCAACAACGAAACUCAGACCUGUCCGACAAACUACCCAAGAAGAAUAUUUCAAAGAGAAGACCAAGACCCAUCAUCAGAAACAGUCUGUCCGAAUUAUUUCCGGUGGAUACACGAAGAUCUGAGGCCGUGGAUUGCCACAGGAAUAACCAGAGACAUGGUGGAGAGAGCCAAAAGAACAGCAAAUUUUCGUCUGAUAAUAGUCCAAGGCAAGGCGUAUAUUGAGAAAUUUACAAAAUCAAUACAAACGAGAGAUACUUUCACUAUAUGGGGCAUUCUGCAGCUUCUGAGGAGGUAUCCCGGAAUGCUACCGGACUUGGAGCUAAUGUUUGAUUGUGACGAUCGGCCGGUGGUCCGAUCACGCGAUUACAGUGGACCGAAUUCCACAGGUGCGCCGCCAUUGUUUCGGUACUGUAGUGACAGGUGGUCAAUGGAUGUGGUGUUUCCUGAUUGGUCCUUCUGGGGAUGGGCUGAAAUAAAUAUAAAGCCAUGGAGUGCUUUGUUGAAGGACAUAAAAGAAGGCAAUAACAGGACCAAAUGGAUUGACAGAGAGCCCUAUGCCUACUGGAAAGGAAACCCUUUUGUAGCUGAAACCAGAAGGGACCUCCUUACUUGCAAUGUCUCGGCCCACCAGGACUGGAAUGCUCGCUUAUUCAUCCAGGUAAUAAUAUUCCUCACACACACCCUCUCUAACAUUCGUUACUCUAACAAUCAAAUCCAUAAAUGUAACUUGCAGGAUUGGAUUCUUGAAACCCAGCAUGGUUUCAAGAAAUCAGACUUAGCCAGCCAAUGUACGCACAGGUACAAAAUCUACAUCGAAGGAUAUGCUUGGUCUGUUAGUGAGAAGUACAUUCUAGCCUGCAAUUCUGUGACAUUGCUUGUAAAACCAUACUACCAUGACUUCUUCACAAGAAGCCUGCAGCCUCUGAAGCACUACUGGCCUAUAAGGGACACCGAUAAAUGCAGAUCGAUUAAGUUCGCAGUCAACUGGGGGAAUAAACACAAGAAAGAGGCAGAAGCAAUCGGGGAAGCUGCAAGUGAGUUCAUACAAGAAGAAUUAAAGAUGGAAUAUGUGUAUGACUACAUGUUUCAUCUGUUAAAUGAGUAUGCUAAGCUGCUGAAAUUUGAGGCGCGAGUAAGCCAUGAAGCUGUGGAGUUGUGCUCUGAGGUUGUGGCCUGUGCUGCAGAUGGGUUAGAGAGGAGGUUCAUGACAGAAUCAUUGGUGAAGAGUCCUUCUGUUACAGGACCAUGUAUAAUGCCUCCUGCUUAUGAACCAAAAGAUCUAGGAGCCUUUUAUAGGAGAAAUUUAAAUGCUAUAAGGCAAGUGCAGAAAUGGGAAGAUGGAUGCUGCACAAUUUAGCAAACACACAAUCAUCAGCAUCAAUCCAGAGGCUAAUCCAUUCGGUAUGGGUAAAAUAAGAGUAAGAAGGCAUAUAUAAUCAAGAAAAGUAAAAAACAGCGGUGAAAUUUACAUAUUAAACUAUAAAAACAGGAUCGAUAAAGUAAAUUAUUAACAGUUUAU